AUGAACCCCCUGUUGCAGGCUCCCUUCCUGAUCUCUCUGGGCUUGCUUCUUGCCGGCCCAGCCCUUCCUGCACGCAUUCUCCAGAACCGGCAGGGUAGCUUUUCCUGGGAUAACUGCGAUGCAGGGAAGGACCCUGCGGUGAUCAACAGCCUGACUCUGGAACCUGACCCCAUUGCCAUUCCGGGGAACUUGACCAUCACUGCUGAGGCCAAGACCAGUGCUGUCCUCAGUGAUCCUCUGAAGGUGGAAUUAACUGUGGAGAAGCACAUAGCUGGCUUCUGGGUCAAAAUCCCAUGUGUGGACAACAUUGGUAGCUGCACCUAUGACAACUUCUGUAAUAUGCUUGAAAUGUUAAUUCCCAUUGAGGAACCCUGCCCGGAACCACUGCACACCUAUGGGCUUCCCUGUCACUGUCCCUUCAAAGAAGGUGCCUACUCACUGCCCAAGUCUUACUUCAUGCUGCCCGACCUGGAGUUGCCCAGCUGGCUCAGCACGGGGAACUACCGCCUGCAGACCAUCCUGAGCAACAGCGGGAAGCGACUGGCUUGUGUCAAUAUCUCCGCCUCCCUUAAAGGCAAAUAA